AUGGACGACAAUGUCCGCGCCAAGACCCGAUCUUGUGCCGGCGGCGAGACCUCAUCGGCCGCUGCGGCGUCCAGGAUCAUCGCGCAGCAGUGGGCCGCGCGGCAGCGCCAGGCGUGCGAGCAGAUGGUGCUCACCACGCUGGACCUCGACCGCCGGGACCGCGAGUCCGAGCUCCUCGCGCUCGCGCGCCUCCACGCCGUCUCCAUGCUCGACGCCUCCUUCCUCCGCGGCGGGAACGGCGGUGGCAGGCGGCGCGCGCGGUCUCCCGAGCGCGCGCUCGUCAGGCGGAUCGCCAGGGAGUGGGCGGCGUCGGCGUCCACGUCGCCGCGCGAGGGCGCGGCGCGGGGACGGGCCCCCGGUGCCGAGGAGUGGCUGGGCGAGAGCGAGCGCGAGCGGGUGCGCUCCGUGCGCGAGCGCGUCCGCAUGGCCUGCCAGGGCUACCACGGGGAGGAGGAGGCGCCCAGCAGGCUGCGCGGCCGGCCGCAGGCGCGCGCUGCCGUGGAACGCCAGCGAGAGCUGCAGGGCCUCUCCGAGCACCGCGCCGUCUCCGCCUUCGCUCACCGCAGCCGCAUUGAGUCUUUUCUUCGAGGUAGAUUCUUUUGUAGCGGAAGGCCCAUGAAUGCUGAGAGGUCGAUUUCUAUGACAACUAGAGAAUUAGGACAUGCUAGACAGAGUCAUCCUGACUCUAGACUGAGGGAAGAAGUUCGCUCUGGAACAGAAAGCAUCACCAACGAUCAAUCAACUUUGGUGGCACUGUCUACUCAAACAAAUUCUACCGAUAAUGAUUAUGACAGUGUAACACCUCAGGUUGUAAGUGAUGAUAACAAUCAUAUAGAGAAUGCAACUCGUGGCUAUGAAAUCCUAACACAACAAUCAGUGCAAAAUGAAGAUUCACAUAUUGAAAACAAUGUAGCUAAUAGUAAUGAUGCUCAUCAAACCGACUUUGCUCAAGAACAAAUAGAUCGAUAUGAAGGUUAUUCAGACUCAGGGUCCUCGGAACAGGACAAUGAUCAUUCUAGUUAUGCCUUUCCUGCUCCAUCUAACAAUGGCGUGCAAUGGGAAGCUGAAACUUAUGGAGGACAACAAAGUGAUUCGCCAUGGUCAAGGGAUAUAUCUGGCAUCGAGGAUGGACAUGGCAACACCUUUGUACAUAGAGAUGACGAAUGGCUCAUUAUUGAUUCUCAAGAACCUAGACCAAACUGGCAGUUAGGACGAAGUUUCCCUUCAAGUAGAAACAUUAAUAGGCUUCGUCCAUCGAAUGAUGAUGUUUAUGGAAUUGAACUCAGAGAGCUCUUAAGCAGGCGAAGUGUGUCUAAUCUUCUUAGCAGUGGCUUUCAAGAAAGUCUGGACCAGCUCAUUCGGUCUUAUGUCCAAAGGCAAGAACAUGAUCCUCAUGAUUGGAAUUUCGAGGAGCAGAGACCAACAACUGGUUUACUCAACGAAGAUCCUAUUGAAAUUAGGAUAGAUGAACAGAAUCGAGCCGAGAGAGACAUUGCACCUCAGUUAUCAACUACAUUGCCAGAUCAAACACUUUUCCCACAGCAACGCCAGUGGCAUAUUGAAUUGCCACAUCAUAAUUGGAGUCAACAAAGCAUGCAUCAUUCUGAAUUUGACUGGGACACUAUCCACAUUUUGCGAGAUGAGUUGACUGGAGUGCAGAGAGGAAUGACCAGCAUGCAACAAAUGUUAGAAGCAUGCAUGGAGAUGCAGAUAGAGCUGCAACGCUCCAUCAAGCAAGAAGUGUCUGCUGCUCUUAACCGAUCUCUAACCAUGCAAGGUGCACUACUCUUUUUCUCUCAUUCCAGUGUCAUGGCAUGUGUGUGGCAUCGCUGUUGCCAUCGAAACAAACGGCGCUGCCACGCGAAGAGGAAGGAGGCCGCCGAGAAGAAGGCGGCCGCCGAGAGGAAGGAUACCGUCAAGACUACUGAAGCUGCAGCGACCAACGACAAGGAUGUCGUUGAAAAGAACACCGAAGACAUCAUCGACGAGAUGCUAGAGACGACUGCCACCGUUCUCAACGAUGUCACGAACAAGUAUUUUGACCUGCCUCAUGAAGUCUGUGGCGUCCCUGUUGCGGUCGAGAUGACGACGCCCCGCGCGAAGAGGAAGGAGGCCGCCGAGAGGAAGGAGCCCGCCAAGAACGAAGGAGGGGCCAACGACAAGGAUGCCGUCGAAAAGGACACCGAAGACGAGAUGCUAGAGACGACCGCCACCGUUCUCGAUGAUGUCGCGAACAAGGUGUAG